AUGUGGUUCUUCCACACUCUGCUCUGCGUGGCCAGUAAGUCCUCUCACCCGCUCCUUGGGGGGCUGCAGAGCACAGCUGUGACUGUCUUUCUGUCUGAUGGGCCGCUGAGGCCCUUUCCCCGUGGCACCCACGUGGGGCAGGUCCUUGGAUCUGAGUGUGGAGCCUGCGCCUGGCAGAGCUCCCUUCUGUUACAGCUCAGGGGUUGGGCUGAUGAGGGUGAGGACCCUGUGAGAGACUGGGGCAGGUGUCUGCACGGUCGAGGGGAUGAGACAGCGUGGUCAGCUGAGCCCCUGGAGGCCGUUCAGAUCAAGCCGGAGCCCAGGGUGGUGCUGCCUAGAGGCCAAGGCAGACUUCCCAUGGGUCUGCUGUCCCCGCUCAGGAGCCGGAGCUUCAAAGGCUGGAGAGAAUCCGGGACUGUUCCUGACCUGGCCCUGACCUUCCAGCCUUCGCAGGCCACCCACUCUGGUGAUGUCUACUUCUUGUUGGCUUGUGGGAGCAGAUGGAGUAAUAUUGAUCGUCUAAGGGAGAUUUUAGAAGAGUCUGAGGUUGUGUCUGUACCCUUGCAUGAAGAGGCCAGUAUAGUCAUCCUGCAAAGCCUCACAGGGGAGAAGAAGAAGGAACCAGAAGUCCAGGGCACACUCUUGUCGGUGGCACGCACCGCCCCAGGCCGCCCCACCCCAAAUCGGGACAUGCUGGGCGCUGGAGGUGUGGGCAGAGGCAAGGCCACCCCUGUCCUGGCCCCUGAUGUGAAGAGGGGGCAGGUUGUGCACACAGUCACCUCCCCAGCCCCGGCAGGGCCUCACAACAUGGGCCUGGCCCCACUGGCCGCCUUCAAUGUGGAUGUGGCCCGGCCCUGGCUCACAGCCAAGGGAGGUGUCCCUUUCGUGCUCAGCUCCCUUCUGCACCAAGACCCCAGCACCAACCAGACCUGGCUCCUGGUCACCAGCCCCAGAACCAAGACGACACCAGAGCCCCUCCAUCGAUGUGUCCUUGCCCAGGAUAAAAUCCUUUGCCAUCCUGUAGGGCAUGUCCCCAUCCCCAAGGGGAAGCACCGGGGAGUGACAGUUGCCCGGAGCCACCAUGGUGUUCUGAUAUGCAUUCAAGUGCUGGCCCGGCAGCCCCACAGCCUCAGCUCAGAGCUCACAGGCACCUGCAGCCUCCUGGCCCCUGACCUCCGUCUGCAGGCUCAGGCCAACUUCUUCAGCCUUGAAAACCUCCUGGAUCCAGAUGUGCAUGUGGACACUGGAGACUGCUACAGAAACAAAGACGGCAGCAGGGGAGAGGACGCGGAUACAGCCAGGCGGCGCCGGGCGCUGGAGAGGGCGGAGGAGCAGGAGGAGGAGGAGGAGGAGGAAGAAGAGGAGGAGGAAGCUGGCACCGAGAUUGCCAUCGUCCUGGAUGGCUCAGGAAGCAUCGAUCCCCCGGACUUCCAGAGAGCCAAAGACUUCAUCUCCAACAUGAUGAGGAACUUCUAUGAAAAGUGUUUUGAGUGCAACUUUGCCCUGGUGCAGUACGGGACAGUGAUCCAGACUGAGUUUGACCUUCGAGACAGCCAGGAUGUCAUGGCCACCCUCUCCAGAGUCCAGAACAUCACUCAAGUGGGGAAUGUCACCAAGACUGCCUCAGCCAUGCAACAUGUCUUAGACAGCAUCUUCACGGCAAGCCGCGGCUCCAGGAGAAAGGCAUCCAAGGUCAUGGUGGUGCUCACCGAUGGCGGCAUAUUCGAGGACCCCCUCAACCUUGAGACAGUCAUCAGUUCUCCCAAGAUGCAGGGUGUUGAGCGCUUCGCCAUUGGGGUGGGGAAAGAAUUUAAGUCUGAGAGGCCGCUGAGAGAGCUCAACCUGAUCGCCUCAGACCCGGACGAGACCCACGCUUUCAAGGUGACCGACUACAAGGCACUGGACGGGCUGCUGAGCAAACUGCGCCACGACAUCGUCCGCAUGGAGGCAGGGAGUGCAAGGAGCCCCGUGUUGCCAUCUCACCCUCCCGGCGGCAUCUCUGGCCAGGGGCAGGUGCUGCUCGGCGCCGUCGGGGCCUUUGACUGGUCGGGUGGGGCGCUGCUCUACGACACACGAAGCCGCCGGGGCCGCUUCCUGAACCAGACUGCGGCGGCGGACGCGGAGGCUGCGCAGUACAGCUACCUGGGUUACGCUGUGGCUGUGCUGCACAAGGCCUGCAGCCUGUCCUACGUCGCGGGGGCUCCGCGGUACAAACAUCGCGGGGCCGUGUUUGAGCUCCAGGAGGGCAGAGAGGCCGGCUUCCUGCCGGUGCUGGAGGGAGAGCAGAUGGGGUCCUAUUUUGGCUCUGAGCUGUGUCCUGUGGAUAUCAACAUGGAUGGAACCACAGACCUCUUGCUGGUGGCUGCGCCGUUUUAUCACGUUCGCGGAGAAGAAGGCAGAGUCUAUGUGUACCGUCUCAAUGAGCAGGAUGGUUCCUUCUCCCUGUCACGCAUGCUGAGUGGGCACCCCGGGUUCUCCAGUGCCCGCUUUGGCUUUGCCAUGGCGGCUGUGGGGGAUAUCAGUCAGGAUAAGCUCACAGAUGUGGCCAUCGGGGCCCCUCUGGAGGGUUUUGCAGCAGAUGAUGGCGUCAGCUUCGGCAGUGUGUAUAUCUACAAUGGACACAGGGACGGCCUCUCCGCCAGCCCCUCACAGCGGAUCAGAGCCUCAGCGGUGGCCCCAGGACUCCAGUACUUUGGCAUGUCCGUGGCUGGUGGCUUUGACAUCAGUGGCGAUGGCCUUGCUGACAUCACCGUGGGCACUCUGGGCCGGGCAGUUGUGUUCCGCUCCCGGCCUGUGGUUCGCCUCAAUGUAUCCAUGGCCUUCACCCCCAGUGCACUGCCGGUUGGCUUCAAAAGCGACGUGAAUGUCAGUUUGUGUUUUGCAAUCAGCUCUGAGUCAGGCCUCAGAGGGGCAUCUCUCAACUUCACACUGGACGUGGACGUGGGGAAGCAGAGGAAAAGGCUGCAAUGUUCAGACGAGAGCGCCUGUCGGGGCCACCUGAGGGAGUGGAGCAGCGGGUCCCAGCUUUGUGAGCUCCUCCAGCUCAACCGCACAGAGGGAGAGCUCCAUGAGGAGGACUCCUUCUCCAAUGCCAGCAUCAAGGUCAGCUACCAACUUGAGACCCCUGAGGGACAGAGGGACCGUCCCCAGCCCAUCCUCGACCGCUACGCUGAAGCCUAUGCCAUCUUCCAGCUGCCCUAUGAGAAGGACUGCAAGAAUAAGCUGUUUUGUAUCGCAGAAUUACAGUUGGCCACCACCGUCUCUCAGCAGAAAUUGGUGGUGGGUCUCACAAAGGAGGUGACCCUGAACGUUACCCUAACUAACUCUGGGGAAGAUUCCUACAUGACAAGCAUGGCCUUGAAUUAUCCCAGGAACCUGCAGUUUAAGAGGAUGCAAAAGCCUCCCUCUCCAGACGUUCAGUGUGAUCACCCUCAGCCGGUUGCUUCUGUCCUGGUCAUGAGCUGCAAGAUUGGUCAUCCCGUCCUCAAGAGGUCGUCUGCUCAUUUUUCGGUAGUUUGGCAGCUAGAGGAGAAUGCCUUUCCAAACAGGACAGCAGACAUCACUGUGACCGUCACCAAUUCCAAUGAAAGGCGGUCUUUGGCCAGACAAACCCACACCCUUCAAUUCAGGCACGGCUUUGUUGCAGCUCUUUCCAAACCAUCAGUAAUGUAUGUGAACACAGGCCCGGGGCUUUCUGACCACAAAGAAUUCCUCUUCCAUAUACAUGGGGAAAACCUCUUUGGAGCAGAAUACCAGUUGCAAAUUUGUGUCCCAACCAAAUUUCGAGGUCUCCAGAUUGUAACAGUGAAGAACCUGACGAAGACUCAGGCCUCCACGGUGUGCACCCCGAGUCAGGAGCGCGCUUGUGGGUACAGUCCGGUUCAGCACGGGGAAGAAUGGCAGUCAGUGAGCUGUGCCAUCGCUUCGGAUAAAGAAAAUGUAACCGUGGCUGCAGAGAUCUCCUUGGACCACUCUAAGGAGUUACUAAAAGAUGUAACUGAACUGGAAAUCCUUGGUGAAAUAUAUUUCAACAAAUCUCUAUAUGAGGGGCUGAAUGCAGAGAACCACAGAACUAAGAUCACGAUCAUCUUCCUGAAGGAGGAGAAGCACUCUUCUUUGCCUGUCAUCAUCAAAGGCAGUGUUGGUGGACUUCUGGUUUUGAUUGUGAUUCUAGUCAUCCUGUUCAAGUGUGGCUUUUUUAAAAGAAAAUAUCAACAACUGAACUUGGAGAGCAUAAGGAAAGCCCAGCUGAACACAGAGAAUCUGUUCGCAGAAGACAAUUAGGACUGCGCCAUUACCAUUGGGAGGGGCUGUCAUUCCAGUCCUGGGAUGUCGAGACCCGGGUCCUUCUGAUGACCUUCAUGAUCUAGAGCAGCAUCAAGCUGUUUGUAGAAUAUUAGUUUGUAACCAUACGCUGUCCCAAAAGUGUCUGUGCAUUGUGCAAAAAGUAGACUUGGGAAACAUUUGGUGUUAAAUAAAGUUACACUUUCUUU